AUUUAUGACACGAACACGUCACGAUAUCGUGUUUUUUAAUCUUGGCAAGAACACAACACUAAAACAAAUUAGAAUUUUAAUUUCCUCCCGAUUUCGUUUUCAUUUAGUUUAGUGAUUUUUUUUGUUGUCCUCGUCAUGACACCAUACUCAAUUGAAAAACCACAGGAACACAAAUCAAGCAUCGGAAAAACACAUGAACACACAUCCAGAAGAACAACUCCCACGUCUUCAAUUUUUUAAAUAUCUUUGAUCUUGACUGUGGUGAAAUUGGUGCUCAAACUCAAAAUCAAGCAUCAGAAACUUCAUCGGGAGAUAAAAUUGAGAAUUUAGCACUUAAAGCGAGAUUAAGAAAAGUUAAGAUCUUCAAAGAGUACCAAUCCUUAUCAAUUACGCAUGUUAGCUCUUCCUAAAUAGUCCCAAUCGCUUAGUACUCUUCUUGCUUGAAAUUGCUAAGUGCCAAAAAAAAUUACAUCUUUCCCGUAUCAAUUUCAAUUCGAAGUAAUGUUUAUGUUUUGUUCCUGUUUUGUUCAUAUGUUGUUGCUGUUUCAUAUUUUCAGAAAAAAAUACAUCUUUCCUGAGUUUGAUUAAUCUUUAUUGCUGAAAAUUGGUAAGUGUUAUGUGUUAUUUUAUUAUGCCUUCCAAGUGUUUGAUGUUAUGCCUAAAGACUAGAUCUAAACGUAUUGGGCGGCAUAACAAAUUUCCAAUGGAUUCCAAGUGUUUGAUGUUUCAUUUGAAAUGCAAUCUCUAAGAAUCCAACAUGUCCAGGUAAUCACAUAGUUGCAUUUGGAAUUGAUUUGUUGACUAUAAUUUUCACGCAAUUAUCUAUAUACUCAGUUUUGGAGGUCAGAGAACUCAAGACUUAUGAAUCCAAUGCAUAUACAUCUUCUGAGCACACCAAUGCCUAUCAAUAUUUAUGAAUCCAAUGCCUAUACAUCCUCUGUAAAAUAUCAUUUAUAAUGGAAUCUCUCUCUCAAAUUUAGGUUUCUGCAACUGCUAAAUAAUAGUUGUUUUGUUUUGUAUCUCAUAGGGAACUGGGAUACACUUUAGGUAAAGCCAAAGGCAAGAGGGGUAGAUAUAAGAGAUGAACUCCUAAAGGGUGUUUAUGAAUUAUCAUGCCCAACUUUCUUGCAUUAUGAAAUAUGAAUCGUUGGUUUACAUUCUACAUCAUAUGCCUGCAUUUAUAUAGGGUUAUAUUCUUCAGUUUUUGGAAGAAUAUAAAGUUUUCUAGUAGUGUGAAGAUCGCAUCUAAUAAAUCUGAUAAUUUCUUGUUGCAGGUAUCUCAUCAUUAAUCGAAUUACUCAAUGCACCGAAGAUACUUAUCAUCAUCAUCCAUUCUCUCUCAUUUCAAUUCUCUGAACAAACUCCAAUCAAAUCCAACCCACCAUUUAUGUCACUCAAGAACCCUAACAACAGUAGACACAACCACAACCAUAGAUCAUUCAUAUGCAGACAUACCAAAACCUCCCAAGAGCAAGUCCGAGAGAAAACCCUACCCAACACCCAUGAAAGUUCUUGUUCAAAGAGCCAAGCAAGAAAAAGAAGCAAGAAAGGCACAACCAUGUCAAUUACUAGAAGACCCCCCGGAAAAUGGCCUUCUUGUUCCAGAACUCGUUAGUGUAGCCCAUCAAGUUUAUCAAGCUAGAGAAUCGAUAUUACUCGGUUUAUCAAAGCUUGUCAAUGUCAUUCCAGUUCUUCGAUGCAGGCAUUGUUUUGAGGUUCACAUCGGUCAGGUCGGGCACGAGAUCAGGACAUGUGGCGGUCCAAAAAGCGGUCUUCGAAAUGCUACCCACGUGUGGCGAAAAGGAAGGGUACACGACGUAAUUUAUUUUCCAAAAUGUUUCCAUCUUUAUGAUCGUGUUGGGAAGCCAAGAGUUAUACAUAAUGAAAGCCGCUCCUUUAAACAACUUCCCGCCAUUGUUGAGCUCUGCAUACAAGCCGGAUUGAAUCUUGAAAACUACCCCACAAAAAGAAGAACAAGAUCCGUGUAUAGCAUCGAAGGCCGGAUUGUAGAUUUUGAGGACACCCAAGUUGAUUCUAGUUUGGAUCUUUCUUUGAACAGUGAAAUGCAACCCAAGGGCGAUUUAGGGAUUUGUGAUUUGAAUACAAGGGAAGUAAGUAGCAUGGUGUUGGAUUCAUGGUUUGAGAUGAUAUCUGGGGCGAAGAAGAUGAUGGAGAGAUAUAAAGUGCAUACGUGUGGGUAUUGUCCCGAGGUUCAGGUGGGUCCCAAGGGGCAUAAAGUUAGGAUGUGUAAGGCGUCAAAACAUCAGUCUCGAAAUGGGAUGCAUGCGUGGCAGGAAGCAACGUUUUUUGAUCUGGUGGGACCGAACUACGUGUGGCAUGUUGCUGACGUGGCGGGUGGGGUCCCACUUUGUAAUGAUUUGAAGAGGUAUUAUGGGAAGGCUCCUGCGGUUGUGGAGAUGUGCGUGCAAGCGGGGGCACGGGUCCCGGAUGAGUAUAGGAGUAUGAUGAGAUUAGAUGUUGUUCCUCCGUGUCGUGAUGAAUUGGAUCUUGUUACAUGAUGAAUUCGAUUUAAACAGGUUUUACUUUGGAGUAGGGAGUUGAUAUGUGAUGUACUAGUAGUUUUUAUGUCAGAUUAGAUUGGUAGAUUUUUAUUUUUAUUUAUUUUAUUUUAUUUUAUUUUAUUAUUAUUUUUUUUUCUGACCACUGGUCUUAUGAUAUUUAUAACCUGUGAAAACUAGACAAAAUAGAUUUGGAUCAAAAUCAGCUUACGUU